AUGGGCAUUUCUGAAGCUCAGGGACUGCAGAGAGACAGGGAGAUUUCACAUCACAGAAGCACAAGCUUCCAUCGGACAUCUGCACAGCUGAAAUGGCCCACGGCCGCCCUGUCCCCGCGGAACAUCCCGAGGCCGGCCCCCACAGGAGCCAGCCUCUUGCAGGCAGGCUUCUCUCACCUUCUGCCUUCCUGGCCCUUCUCUCUGCCCCUCCUCUUUCCUCCCUCACAGCAGCUGAAGCCUCUGCGUGGUGGCCCAGGGGCAGAGAGAGAUUUCAUUGCGCUGCUCACAACAGCGCGUGAUUUAAAACUAGUGAAUUGUUGGGGGACGGGGAGGGGCGCGGCUGGCCGGUCGUCCCCACGGCCGGCCGCGGCGCUGGAGCCCGGCGAGCCCGCGAAGGGGAAGCUCUUUAAGCUCCUAGGCAUUUUCGGUGUUGAAAAUUUUCCCUGUGCCCGGGAUUCAAUAUUGUAUGGUUCAUUAGGAUCUGUUGUGGCUGGCUUUGGACACUUUUUUAAAUUGUUGUUAACUAGUAGAAUUAGAAGAUCAUGUGAUGUUGGAGUAGGAGGAUUUAUUUUAGUGACUUUGGGAUGCUGGUUUCACUGUAGAUAUAAUUAUGCAAAGCAAAGAAUCCAGGAAAGAAUUGCCAGAGAAGGAAUGAAAAAUAAGAUAUUAUAUGAAAAUACCCACCUUGAUCCUGAAAGAAAACAAAGCAAGAGCAACAGCAGCAAUUGAACAACCUUGAGCAGAGAAAACCAGACUCCCUCAAGUCAGCGUGAACAAAGCUAAGUUCAACCACGGGAAACAUUUUGUGUACAAUCAGGUCUCA